AUGAAGGAGCUCCGCGAGGAUGCGAAUGGCGUGCGCUACUUCGAAACCGGGGAUACGGUGCGCGUGCAGUACCCGCCCGCUGGGGAGGAGAAAGGCACGCCGCCGCUCUUCACGAUUAUGGGGCGCACCAGCGUGGAUAUCAUCAAGUCGAACGGGUAUAAGCUGUCGGCGCUGGAGAUCGAGGCUAUGAUGCUGCUGCAUGACGACCUCUUCUAUGAAGUGGCGGUGGUCGGGGUAAAGCAUGAGGUUAAAGGGGAGGAGGUGGUGGCGGUCGUCGCUCUCCAACAAGGGGCAGCGCAGGCACGCGGGAUUGAGUACGAUUCCAGGACGAAUACCUACGAGUCUGACCAAAUUAACACCGAAUUGAGGGAGAUCGUAUCAAAUGUUCUGGCACCCUAUAAGCUCCCCAGACGGUUUAUUUGUGUGCCUAAGAUUCCACGUAAUGAUACUGGAAAGGUCAAUAAAGUGGCGCUUAAAUUGGCUCUGAAUUUACAGUAG